CAUAUGGAAAAGCAGUUAUGCGGAGAUUAAAAAAAGACUCCAAACCCCAGCGGCGACCGCUUCUCUUUUUCUCUUGAAGCAGGGGGAGUAGUCACAGCUGGAAGGAUAAUAAGAUGCGCAUGAAUUUACAAUCUGGAAUUAAAAGAUAAGAUCAUUUAAAUGGACGGCACGGUUCGUCUCAGCGAGGCUGUUCGCAAAACUUAAGCGGGUAUUUAUCGAGUUUAUUUGGCGACAGCGUUGUAUUCUUUUCCCGGGCGACUUCCAUAAAGCGCAGAAGAAUAGAAAACUUCAGGCGCCGCUUCCCCCAGUUGAUGGAGUUGAAAAGUUUCAUCUUCAGUCCUCUCACAAUGGAAAGAAAAGCGCCUUUCGCUGGGAGUAAAGGCUUCCUGUGGUCAGAGUGGAUUACUGACUUUAGUAAAGAGAAGGAACAAAACUCCAGGAUAUGAAUCUGUUGCAGUGAUUUUAACUGCAGAAGUCUGCGGAUUGUUCAGACUUUUUUCUCCAUCAUCGGCCCAUCCAGGGAAUGAUGCAUGACCUCAGGUGGGUGGGUGGGACACUGUCAUCCUCAUUUGAGACAGCGAGAGAGAGAGUACUGCUUAAAUAAACUAACUACUGCUGAUGAGGACUGAAUAUUCCCCCUACAACAAGUCCAUCCACAAAGACCAAGCAGUGUUUUUUUUCUGCUAGCUUUUACUGCAUUUUCCACUAUUCAGUCUUUCACGUCGCAACUGGAAGAAACCCAAUGUCUGCCUCCUCUCCCCCGUCCUUACCUCGAGCCUUCCUCCACUCUCUCCAUCCGCACCACCCGCCCUCACCAUCUGCCCUGUUACCUAGCCCGCCUGGACAGAUCUACACACGGCUGUCCAACGGCAGUCACAGCGCCCCCAGUCCCACCAACUCCCGCAGCUCUUUCCAUGGGGUGUCCUUCCUGCUGCAGAUUGGACUGACCAGAGAGACAGUUAACCUGGAGGCCAGUGACCUCUCGCUGUCAGCCGUCAAAGACCUGGUGUGCUCCAUAGUUGAUCAGAAGUUUCCAGAGUGUGGCUUCUUUGGCAUGUACGACAAAAUCCUGCUGUUCCGGCAUAACUUAAAUGAUGAGAACAUCCUGCAGAGGCUGACCUCAGUAGAAGACAUCCAUGAAGGGGACCUCAUUGAGGUGGUGCUCUCUGCUCAAGCCACAGUUGAGGACUUCCAGAUCCGACCCCAUGCCCUCUACGUUCACUCCUACAAGGCCCCCACCUUCUGCGACUACUGUGGGGAGAUGCUGUGGGGCCUUGUCCGGCAGGGGCUCAAAUGUGAAGGAUGUGGGCUGAACUACCACAAGCGUUGUGCCUUCAAGAUCCCAAAUAACUGCACUGGUGUAAGGAAGAGAAGGUUGUCCAAUGUCUCACUGCCAGGACCGUCUCUCUCAGUCCCACGACCGUUACCUGCUGAAAAUGCAGUGGUUGUCCCAGAUGAGCAACAGCGAUCCCAUCAAGAGGCAGGGAAGCGCAUCCUGUCUUGGAGCGGAAGGCCCAUCUGGAUGGAUAGGAUGGAAAAGUUAAAAGUUAAAGUGCCACACACCUUCGCCAUUCACACCUACACUCGACCCACAAUCUGCCAGUACUGCAAACGUCUGCUCAAGGGUCUCUUUCGCCAAGGCAUGCAGUGUAAAGAUUGCAGAUUUAAUUGCCAUAAGCGGUGUGCUUCAAAGGUACCAAGAGACUGUUUAGGGGAGGUGGACUUUAAUGGAGAGCCAGCCAGCCCUGGGCCAGACUCAGACACUACCAUGGAUACGAUGGAGGUAGACAGCAGUGAUAUGGAUGGUGGCAGAGGACUGGAUGAUCCAGAGGAACCAUCCACCCCAGACGGGAUGUUCGUCAUGGAUUCUCCCUUCAUUGAUAGAGAAAAGGAUGAAGAGCCCAUAAAGACUAUUAGCCCUUCUACCAGCAGCAACAUCCCUCUGAUGCGGGUGGUCCAGUCCAUCAAACACACCAAGAGGCGGAGCUCCACUGUGGUGAAGGAGGGCUGGAUGGUUCAUUAUACAAGCAGGGACAACCUGCGGAAGAGACAUUAUUGGAGGCUGGACAGCAAGAGUCUGAGUCUCUUCCAGAAUGACACUGGAGCCAAGUUCUACAAAGAAAUCCCUCUGUCUGAGAUCCUCCAGGUAGAACCGUUCAGAGACUUCAGUAACCUGGCGCAGGGCAGCAAUCCUCACUGCUUUGAGAUUAUCACAGCCACCAUGGUCUACUAUGUAGGGGAGAAUAACGGCAGUCACUACCAUAGCCCUGCUCUGGCUGCCUCUGGAGUUGGCAUGGAGGUGGCCCAAGGCUGGGAGAAGGCCAUCAGACAGGCCCUGAUGCCUGUCACCCCUCAGCCUAGUGUGGCCACUGCUGUUGGUCAGGGCAAAGAUCACAAAGAGCUGUCCAUCAGCAUAUCUGUGUCCAACUGCCAGAUCCAGGAGAAUGUGGAUAUUGCCUCGGUGUACCAAAUAUUCUCUGAUGAAGUGCUGGGAUCGGGCCAGUUUGGCAUUGUGUAUGGAGGCAAACACAGAAAGAGCGGCAGAGAUGUGGCCAUUAAGGUUAUAGACAAGAUGAGAUUUCCUACCAAGCAGGAGAGCCAGCUAAGGAAUGAGGUGGCCAUUUUACAGAAUCUGCAUCAUCCGGGUAUCGUUAAUCUUGAGUGUAUGUUUGAGACACCAGAGCGGGUGUUUGUUGUCAUGGAGAAGCUGCACGGCGACAUGCUGGAGAUGAUCCUGUCCAGCGAGAAGAGCAAACUACCUGAACGAAUCACCAAGUUCCUAGUUACACAGAUUCUGGUGGCCUUGAGACAUCUGCACUUCAAAAACAUUGUUCACUGUGACUUGAAGCCUGAGAACGUGCUUCUGGCUUCUGCUGAGCCUUUUCCUCAGGUAAAACUGUGUGACUUUGGCUUUGCCCGUAUCAUUGGUGAAAAGUCAUUCCGGCGGUCGGUUGUGGGCACCCCAGCUUACCUGGCCCCUGAAGUUCUGCGCAGUAAAGGCUACAACCGCUCUCUAGACAUGUGGUCAGUGGGAGUCAUUGUGUAUGUCAGCUUGAGUGGGACCUUCCCUUUUAAUGAAGACGAGGACAUUAAUGAUCAGAUCCAGAAUGCUGCUUUCAUGUACCCCCCAACACCCUGGAAGGACAUCUCUGCAGAGGCCACAGAUCUGAUCAACAAUCUUCUCCAAGUCAAAAUGAGGAAGAGGUAUAGUGUGGACAAGUGUCUCAGUCAUCCCUGGUUACAGGACUAUCAGACAUGGCUGGACCUGAGGGAGUUUGAGACGCGGCGAGGUGAGCGCUACAUCACCCAUGAAAGCGAUGAUGCACGUUGGGAGGAGUAUGCGGAUGAGCACAGUCUUGUUUACCCCAAACAUUUUAUCAUGGCUCCCAACCUAGAUGACAUGGAGGAGGACCCCUAGUGGCGCAGGGGGAAUUACUACAUCUCUUGUAAUGAAGAUGGGGAUUAUGACACAGACUUUUUCCAGAACUCUUUGUUGUGGCAGUGGAGGGAAGCCAGUCAGGUGGAGAAUUGCCCCCCAGAGGAUUUAAAAGUGGGGAAAAAAACCCAACAGAUUUAGUAGCGUAAUGCACUGCAGCAAUAAGCAGGAGGAGAUUACCGUCACAAGAACGCAUUAAGAGACUCUCAGGAGAGUUGAGCGUCCUUUCUUCCUCUAAAGAACAAAGACAUUCCAUGGAUUUGCUUUAGUUUUAUUCAUUUUUGAGAACAGUUGUAACACAAAAGUUGAACCUGAGAGCGAAUAGUUUUAAACAUAAUUUUGGGCAACUUUGUGUGAUAAUGUUCUUGAUGUAAGAGAGGAGAUGAGUGAAAAAGAAAAGCUUGCACCAGGAGUAAAGGGCACUUUUCACAAGGGAUAUACAGUCUGAGAAUUAAACACGAGUUUAUUCUCAUUACCGAACUGUUUGUGAGACUGUCCUCCGGCAUGAACUGGAAAUAUCACAUGCAUAUGUAGUUUUUUUUAUGUAUUUAGUAAUUGUGGUAAGUCUUUGCACUAUAUAACUAUUAAAUAUAGCAAUUGAAUAGGAACACUAUUCGCUGCUACAGAGAGCAAACAGUUCUUACAUUUCCACUGUUGGUGCAAAGUGUGAUAAUCUAUAGAAAAUGUAUGCAGCUCACAGUAUUAGCUGCAAGUAUUUUAAACCAACAUGUUAAGUUUGAUCUAUUAGUGGCAGCUAAUAGUGGGUAAGUUUGAUCAGCUAUCCCCUGGAGAAAGAGACCCAUAAAUAUGUUAAGAAAUGUUGAAAACUGUUGUCUUUAUUCAAGAUUGUGAAUUUCUUGUGAAGACCAUCAUCCUGAACUUAGUAAAUCCUACGAUGAAGCUAAUAUACUUCUUCACCAUGAGGUUAAAACAAGCGAUGGACUCUUGAUCUAUAGCAUCAUGUUUCCAUGUCCCCUUUUUGUAUUUUUGCAGUUUUCUUGAAUGUGACCUUUAAAGCACUCCAGUUCUGGAAAGAGUGUUUUGAUGCUCUGCAGGUAUCUGAAAUGUUGUGUUGCCGGAGUGGCAAGUCUGGGUUGUACAUCAAAUGAAAUAAUGUUUGAUUCUUCAUGACAUUUCAUGAUUUUGUCUGUCUACAAAAGACAAAAUUAAAACUGGGUAUAAUGAUAGUUUGAUUCACAUGGGAGUUCAUAGUACUACAAUUGUGUACUUUGCUCUGUUUGUGUGUUUUGGGAGAAUGUUUCUGUUUCCUGUUUUUAUUUUCCUGUCUUUGUUGCCGCUGGAUUGGCAGGUGUCAGUGUUUUGUAUAUUUCAGUACAUACAAAUGAAAUUAAAGCUGAACAGUAAAUGAAA